AUGACUGCUCUGAGUGGCCACGAAGAACCGACAGUGAGACAAAGGUUUAAAAAGUCUGUUAAAAAUGUUUGUAGUGUAAAAACUGUGAAAAAAGUGGUACCGAUCAUAGGAUGGCUGCCGCAAUACAAUUGCACGACUCUUUUUCAAGAUAUAAUUGCUGGAAUUACCGUCGGUCUAACUGCUAUACCUCAAGGGAUCGCAUAUGCAGUGAUUGCGGGUCUAUCUCCUGAAUAUGGCCUCUACUCUGGAUUGAUGGGAGGUUUUGUUUAUUUAUUCUUUGGAAGCUGCAAAACUGUCACAGUUGGGCCAACAGCAAUAAUGGCAGCGAUGGUCGCGAGGUACGUGUCCGGGUAUUCUGCCGACUUUGCUGUACUCGCCUGUUUUUUGGCUGGAAUAGUAGAGCUGUGUAUGGGCAUACUCAAUCUUGGAUUUUUAGUGGAUUUCAUAUCUAUUCCAGUGAUUAGUGGAUUUACAACGGCAGCUGCUCUUCAGAUAGCAUCUGCGCAGCUGAAAUCUUUAUUCGGACUCGAAGGCCCUUCUGGAAACCUUUUCGCAGAAUCAGUAUAUAAUUUUAUAAUAAAUAUUAAAACAAUGACACUUUGGAAUACAUUGCUCGGAUUUUUUACUAUUUUUGCCUUGAUGGCUUUAAAAAGACUCGGUGAAGGAUGUUCACGCAAUGAUGGCAAUGUAAAAAAACUUAGGUGGUUCAUAUCCCUAGGAAGAAAUGCAAUCGUCGUUAUAAUUGGUAUUUUGAUAGCUUAUAUUACGAAAAUGGUGACAAAUGAAGAACCUUUUAAAUUGAUAGGUGAUAUUGGAAGCGGUUUACCCACACCUCAUUGGCCUCCGUUCAGCACAGUUGUUGGAAAUGAAACGUACUACUUUGCUGAUAUGAUGACAGUCUUUGGAUUUCGGUCCAUUGUCAUACCUUUUGUGGCCAUUCUGGAAUCUAUAGCGAUUGCCAAAGCAUUUUCUUUUGGUGUGCCCGUAGAUGCUACUCAGGAAAUGAUUGCCGUCGGUUUGUGCAAUAUCAUCGGAUCAUUCAUGAGAAGUAUGCCUAUCACGGGAUCUUUUACGAGAACAGCUUUAAAUCAUGCAUCUGGAGUUCAAACACCCGCUGGUGGUGUAUUCAAAGGACUAGUUAUUAUUUUAGCAUUAAGCUUACUAACAUCAACAUUUUACUUUAUUCCCAAGGCUUCAUUAGCAGGGCUUAUCAUAACAGCUAUGUUUUCUAUGAUCGACUUUUCAAUAUUAGGUCGACUAUGGAUAAAUAGUAAAAAGGAGCUUCUUAUAUUACUAUCGACCAUCAUUGUAUGUUUGACGAUGGGGUUAGAAUAUGGUAUAGUAACAGGAAUAUUACUUGACGCUCUUGUGCUUUUGUUUAACAAUGCACGACCUUCUAUUAAUGUUAACAUCUUAAAAGUCGGAAAGCUAGACUUAAUAGUUUUACCACUCCACCAUCACGUUUCUUACUGCGCAUCUGAACAUAUACGAAAAGCUGUUUUGCGUGCAUCACAAAACACUUUGAUUGACUCAGUAAUAAUUAUUGAUGCUACAAAUCUGAUGAGCAUGGAUUCAACGGUAGCAUCGAAUCUUAUGUCAGCUGUUAGUGAUUUGGAGAAGAAGUCGUUCCAAGUGCUAAUGUUCAAUUUCAAUGCAAGCCUGAAGAAAAUAUGUUUAGAUAUUAAUCCAAAAUAUGCUGAUAAAUUUGUGUCUGCAGCACACGUUACAGAAGUAAUGGAUGCUUACGGGACAUCGGUGUGAUUUUUUAUAUUUUUUAAGUUUCUUCACUGAUUGAGCUAAUUCCUCCUAAACCACGCAACAGGUUUUGAUACGGUUAUGAUCUGUAAGGUUCUAUUUUUGGAGCGUUGUUUUAUAUAACAAAACAUAAUUAAGUGUUUAUGUAAGUAGAAAAAAAAUUAUUUUGCAACCAAUCCCGAAAAUUUUACAACAUUACUUUCCAUACGAAAGCUUAAGACAUACAAGAAUAAAAUUCUUAAUAGAGAAUUGCAGGUGUUCUAAAAGAAAAUCUAAAUUAUCUAAUUAAUUAAUAAAAAUUAAGCUGCAGUCGGUAUGAGUUGCAAGAUCAAGAACAAUAAAAGAAAUAUUUUAGGUUUAUGUUAGGUCAGUUUCAUCAUAGUUAAGUCAGUGGUUACAGAACGCAUAGGGAACAAUCAUACAAAUAUUUAGUUUUAUUUAUAAGGAAAGAUUAAAUCCGCGCAAAGCCGAGAUGGAUCGCUCAUAUAUAUUUAUAAUGAAUGGAUUCUAUCAAACAUCCUAUAGCAGAGGGUAGGGCACAAAACAUUUUGUACCACAUAUUACUAGUUAAAUAAAUGAUUAUUAUUAUUAUUAUUUAAUGUAAGCACUCAGUGUAAAAAUUAUUACUAAUUCACUAUUUAUUUCAACAAUUUAAGUAAAAUGUAUGGAUGCCUCGAAUGUGUUUAUUUUGUAAUAAAAGAUUUUUAUAUUUGUG